UCCUUGCGGAAUAGAUAAUUUGUCUGUGAGUAAUGUUUGUGAGGUGGCCUAGGUUACUGAAUCCGACUCAGCUCGCACAGAUUAUAAGACAGCAGAAGAAUUCGUUUACUGCUUUAAAGAUCUUUAAUGAAGCCAAAGCCAAGUAUCUUAAUUGUCGUCACAAUGGUGUUGUCUUUGCCACCAUUAUUAAUAUACUCGGGAGCUCAGGUCGUUUCGAUGAAAUGAAGCAAGUAAUUGAACAGAUGAAAGAUGACUCAUGUGAGUGCAAGGAUGAUGCAGUUUUUGCAGGUAUAGUUAAGACGUAUGCAAAAGCUGGAUUACUUGAUGAUGCCGUUUCUUUAUUCAGAAGCCUUCCUCAAUUUAAUUGUGUGGCUUGGACAUCAUCUUUCAAUACACUUUUAGAGAUUAUGGUAAAGGAGUCUAGACUUGAGGCUUUCUAUCGUCCUUUUAAGGAAAAUUCUCGUGGUUGGGAAGUUAAGUCUAGGAUGGGAUCAUUGAAUUUGCUAAUGGAUGCUCUAUGUCAUAUUAAACGCUCAGAUUUAGCACUGGAGGUUUUUCAAGAGAUGAACUAUCAUUGUUGUUAUCCCAACAGAGAAAGUUAUAGGAUUCUAAUGAAAGGCCUCUGUCAAGAUGGCAGGCUAUACGAUGCCACUCAUUUGUUGUACUCAAUGCUUUGGAGGAUUUCUCAGAAAGGUUGCGGAGAAGAUAUAGUAGUAAAUAGAAUUUUGUUAGGCAGCCUAUGCGAGAAACAGAUUAGGGAGCUAUUUAAAAGUUUAACAUGAUUUUUACAUAUUUCCAACACUUUUUCACUUUAGGCCUUUUUACAGCAUAUUUCUUUAAAGUCAUCUAGUGUUUCUAGAGGUAAAGAAAUAGAUUUUCCUUUUGAUAAUGAUCAAAUAAUUUGGUUUAAUAAAGCUUACCUCAUCUUGAUGAGUUUUUGAGUAA